GGGCGUUCUGAGGCGAUCUUCGGGGUUUUGGGUGAUCCUUGUUGGCGCUCCCGGACACUACUCCCCCUACGUUUUCAUUGUUUUCCGGUUCGCCAGGUUUGGAUGAUGCGGGGAUGCCGUGAUGAUCCUACGAGUCUGAUGCCGGUGAUGCCGCUGGCCAUUUUCGGAGCUCGGUUUUUUUGUGUCGGUUUCGCCGCAUUGGAUGGUUCUGAGAUGCUGUCGUGAGGAACUGGUGGGACACUCUUGGCAUCGAAACCGACAUCAUCAAGGCGCCGUGAAACAACAUCUUUUCCAUCGAGAUGUCUCGCCAUGACGACCACAGCCAGAGCCGAAAAAGUCAGUGCCUUUGCAGUUUGAAAACGUGCUUGUCCUUGCAGAUGUUGCUCAACAUUUUUGCCUCUUCCUUCUUGAUGCAUGACCCAUGCAGCUGAUUUUGCUUGACAUAGAAGCACUGGCGUCUAGAGCGCCACCCAUGGUUUUCGACUUGGUUGCAGGCUCUCUUGGGCGCGGGCGGGUGACAACGGGCGAAGUCGCUCCCAUGAGCCCUUGGGAUGACCUGCAGGGCGCUGUCAUUGCAGGCGAUGCUAAAGCCCAGGGCGUGGCCGAUGCAGUGAUGGGCCAGAGCAACACGGAUGCCGGGAGGAUGGAGGUGCUGAAGCAACUCAUGGAGCAGCAGUCCGUGGGAGAUUGGAGGUUCUUGAGGCUGGAGACCAGCAGCUCGUCUUCUGAGGAGCCAGUGGAAAGCGAGCCCUUGGCCAAGAAGCCAAAGAUCGAAGUGAGGAGGAUGAACAGGGUGGAGAUGCAGGAGGAGCUGAAAGCCCAAGGCGAGCCCGUCGAACCUGGCGCCACCGUGAAUCAGCUGAGAUCUCAGCUGGUGACGGCUCGCAAGUCUGUGGAGACGCCCAUGGGCGCGGCUGAGGUCCAGGAGCCCCUGCCGGACAAGGUGGAGACGCCCGUGGACGCGGCGCAGAAGCAGGACAAGGUGGAGACUGAGGGCCAGGAGGUCUUGCCAGACAAGGUGAAGACGCCCGUGGACGCGGCGGGUGACCAGGAGCCCCCGCAUGACAUGGUGGAGACCGCGCAUGCCGCCCAGAAGCCCGAGGAGAGCCGCGGUGUUGUGUGGUCCUUGCCCACCUUGCCAGGCUCCGCGCGGUUCCAACAGUUGGCCGCGCACUGCCCGCCAGCAAGAAAGAAGAACAAGUCCUUGUACGUGGACCAAUGGCUUUUCGAGCCGAUCAAUGUGCAUGCCCUUGAAGGAGCGGGAAGCCUCCGCGCUUUCGGCCAGCUGGGUCUGCGGGGUCGCAUAGCAGACCUGCUCUCGCGGGACACCGAGAACAGUGGCAUGAUCCUCACGGUCUACCGGGACAGUGGCGCUUGCCACGGAUGCAAGGCUCGGCUUGUGUCUGGCGUGCACCUUGAGGAUUACGAGGAGCUGGGGAAGAACAAGAGCAAGAACAAGAGGCAGAAGGUCGACCCCGAGACCGAGACCAAUGAGGAGGAGCUGUGCGGCAGGUUCAGGGAGCUGCCGCAGGUGGUCAGCACCUUGACGGAGAUGCGCGUCGACUCCUAUGAUGCCACCCGGUCGGCCUUCAGCUUUGGCAGGCUGUUCAAGGAGCUCUGCCGGACAGGCCUGCCGGUCUGCGACAUCGACCAGACCUUCUCGGUUGGAUACUCCUUGCUGCACCGGCACGCUGACGCGCAGCAAGUGCGGUAUUUGUUGCAGAACCGAGAGGCCUGCUACGCGGAAGUCGGGGUCCCGGACCGGGAUGAGGUGAAGAAAUUUUUCAACGGCAUCCUCAUGGGCGGUGGCAGUGAGCACUGCGAGCGCUUCAUGCUGCGCUACAAGCUCGAACAUCUCCCCCCCUUUGUGUUCAUCCUGAGACAGGAGAUGUGCAAGUUGGCGGCCCGUGACGCACAGGCCUACCCGGAGCUUGCGCAGGAGCUGAGCAAGGACAGUGGAAAUUGGAGGAGCCGGCUGCUGGAGCUGCUGCAUGAGCUGCGGGAGCGGGAGGUGACGGACAUGAUGGCGGAGCACGCUGGUGCCAAGGUCUGCGGCUGGGAGUAUGAUGGGGUCCUCUUUGCUUGCCCCCCGGAAGAGCAUGCCAAGCUUACGGAGUCCCUGCAGCACAAGAUUGGCUUGCCCCUGAAACACAAGGCCUACCGGUCUCUUGAGGAGAUCCUGGCCGAGUACCAGCGGCUUCACCCGACCCUGGACUGGCAGAGCAGAGAUGAUGAUUGGUUCCAGGUGGAGCAGGACAGACGGCUUCUCCGCGCCUACUUGGUGAAGGGGACCGAAGGUUGUUGCUGCGAUCCUCCCACACCAUGUCGCUCCAGACGGCAGGCUGGUUCGCGAGUGCUUCAAAAACUUCAGCUGCUCCAAGCAGCACAUGGAGACCGCCUUCUUCUGCACCGUCAAGCGACGUUGGCAGCUGGAGAGCCCGGCGCAUGUGGAGGAGCUCCUGUGCGAAUAUGCCAGCCAAGAGGUCAAGAACUGCUUGCCGCCCACCUGGCGCGGGCUACCGCCGGCCUCGGUGUACCGCAGGGAAUCAAUGCGCUCCGUUGUCAAAACGGCGGCAAACCGUGCCCUGUACGACAAAAGUUUCCAGCUGCAAGUGGACGGAGACGAGUACAGGGGCCUGCUCAUGACACAGGACGGGUGCUUGAUCGACGUGCGGACCAUGGACGCGCAGCUGGCCAAGCAGGAGCACGUCAUCACAAAAUGCUUGGGGGUGACUUACCCACGAGAGCUCUUUGCGAUGUUGGACCGGGACCUGGACUUGGAGGAAUGCUUGCAACAGGUGAAGGACUUCGAGAGCGGGGUCGGGCAGGAGUACGGCGCUGUGGACAUGCCGCCUGAGCUCGGCGACAAGUUGCUGAAGUUGUUCGAGCAUCCCGCCCUCGAGGCGUGCAAGGUUCUCUACAGUUGCUGGGAAAACAUGGCGGUCACACUGUGGUUGAUGAAGUGGGCAGCGCAUAGGCUCUGCGGCACGUCCCAGCUGGAGGAAUUUCACAUCUAUCUGGGAGGGGGCAAGAACGGAAAGAGUUGGUGGAUCGCGCAGCUGCAGGCUUUGUUCGGCACGUACUGUGCGAUGCCCGACUCCGAUCUCCUGACCCGCCGCUUCAACAGCCAGCAGGCCACUCCGCAGCAUAUGGAGCUCCGGGGAGCUCGCCUCCUGCCGUUUCCAGAGAUGAAUGCCUCGCAUCGGCUCCAGGCCGACACACUGAAGUUGUACAGCGAGCACAAGACUGUGAUCCACGCCCGAAACCUCUUUGCCGACUAUGUCAGCUUCCGAGUUCAGUUCGGCUUGGUGAUGUGCUCCAACGAGCGGCUGCACAUGUCUCUUGACGGGGGAACCGACAGACGACUGUCGGUGGCAGAAUGGCCGAUGCAGUUCUGCCAGGUGCCGCGUGCCAGCCACGAGCGGUUGGUGCAGGUCGGGCUCAAGGACGAGCAGAGGCUCGCUGACAACAGCCCAGACCUUCUCUACGUGCUGCUCAAGGUGUUCAAGGUCUUCGGCGCUGUGCAGGACACUCUGGUUCGACCGUGGCCGCUGUGGGUGGAGCAGGCCACGCGCAGCUACCUGCAAGGCGACUCAGUGGAGUUUGUGUGGGAGUCUUUCGUUGAGACCUGGGAGAUGGCCUCGAGGCCGUCCAUGGAGUGUGCGGGCUACGGAGUGGUGUCGGAUGCCUGGGUUGCCUUCGCCAGGACAAAGAACGUCGGCGUUUCGGCCGCCGGCAGUCACUUCAAGCAGGCAAUGCUACGCCACAAGCACAAUGGCCGCUACGUGGCCAAGUUCCUGAACGAAAACCAGUGCUUCAAUCAGCCCAAAGGGUCUGCGUAGAGUUUUGAUUUUCCAAAUCCGGAUGGCUGUCUAGUAUAAAAUACAGCUUACAGCGCCAUUUCAAAUGUAUUGCGCAAGUGGGCUGCAGCGCUUGACAGACAUCCGUCUGCGGCUCUUGGUCGCAGUGAAUUAAUUCAAUGUGUCCGUGCGACAUCUCUACAUCUCUACAUGAUGUAGAAUACAGAGCGGAUCAUGCUUGACACGGUGAUUGUGUCGCGUGUGACGCGUGGAUGAAACCAAUCGUGGUUGG